AUGCACCUCCCUGACAGCCUGCAGGACCUGGCUUACAGUGAUGCUGUGCGCUUUCUGAGAAGGCCAAGGAGCAUCUCAAGGAUCUUGGCAGGGAUCUUCUCCCUGGUCAUCUUUUCCUCCUUGUUGACGGAUGGCUACCAGAACACGACAGAGUCUCCCCAGCUUCUCUGUGUCCUCAAGAGCAACAACACAGCCUGCAGCUUUGCGGUGGGCGCUGGCUUCCUUUCCUUCCUCAGCACCCUGGUCUUCCUGGCCCUGGAUGCCCACGAGAACCGCAUUGCCAGCACCCGCUUCAAGACAUCCUGUCAGCUCUUGGACUUCAUCGUGGCUGUCCUCUGGGCAGGAGUGUGGUUCACAGGCUUCUGCUUCCUGGCCGGCCAGUGGCAGCACUCACGACACAAUCACUUCCUCUUGGGCAACAGCAGCGCCAAAGCAGCCAUUGCCUUUGCUUUCUUCUCCAUCCCUGUCUGGGCCUUCCAGGCCUACAUGGCCUUCCAGGACCUCCGGAAAGAUGUUCCAGUCCCCUACAAGCGCUCCCUGGAUGAAGGUGGUGUGGUCCUAAACACCCUCACCCCACCCUCGGCUGCCAGCCCUGUCAGCAUAUCCGCUGCCAGCUCAGCGGUGUCCCCCUAUCUGAGUGCGCCGAAGGGCCCCCGCCUCGCCAUGAUGCCUGACAACUAA